CCUCGGAGCCCAGAGCAAGCCUGAAGGCCACCAGCACGUGUUAGGAGACCAGGGCCAGACUUCACACUGAGCAGCUGCAGGCAGAGACAUCAGAGAAAGCGCCACCCAGCCCUAGAUUCCGAGGGGCCUGCUGGGGACUCCUCCUCCUCCUCCUCCUCCUCCUCCUCCUCCUCCUCCUCCUCCUCCUCCUCCGAAGGAAAGAAGGAAGGACAAGCCCCAGAGGCUGCUGGCUCCCACCAGCCCCUUGGCGGCCAUGGGGCUGGCAGCCACCGCCCCCUGGCUGCCCACCCGCCCUGCCAGGCAGAUAGGGCGCGUCGCCCUCCCGCCGCGGCCCGCUGCUCCUCUGGGGCCAGCCCUUCCUGGACGUGGUGGCCCCCUUGGCUGAGCUGAGGCCAUGUAGCCGUCUGCCUGCACCUCUGGGGACGCAGCCACGGGGGACAGGCACCUCUGCUGUCAGAGGUGGGCACCCACCAUGCCACGGGGACUCGCCUGGCUGCACUAUCUUGGGAUCCUCUUUGGCAUGGCCUUGGGGAACGAGAGUUUGGAGGUGUGGCCCUUGGCUCAGAACAAGGAGUGUGACGUCACCGGCUACCUGCGGGUCAAGCUUCAGUACAGGAACCGACUGCAGUACAUGAAACACUACUUCCCCAUCAACUACAGGAUCAGCGUGCCUUAUGAGGGGGUGCUCAGAGUUGCCAACAUCACCAGGCUGCAGAGGGCCCGGGUGAGUGAGCGCGAGCUGCGCUAUCUGUGGGUCUUGGUGAGUCUCAACGCCACAGAGUCGGUGCAGAGCGUGCUGCUCGAGGGCCACCCGUCCUGGAAGUACCUGCAGGAGGUGCAGACGCUGCUGGUGAACGUGCAGGAGGGCCUCACGGAUGUGGAGAUCGGUCCGCAGGUGGAAGCGGUGUUGUCCCUUCUGAGUACUCCAGGCCUGAGUCUGAAACUCGUGCGGCCCAAAGCCUUGCUGGACAACUGCUUCCGGGUCAUGGAGCUUCUGUACUGCUCUUGCUGCAAACGAAGCUCCGUCCUGAGGUGGCAGGACUGUGAGGUGCCGAGCCCUCCGCGCCACGGCCCGGGGCCUUCCCUGCAGUGCGCAGCCGCCCAGGCGUACCCUCCGCCCCGCGAGCCCCUCGCCCCGGGCUUCGGUGCUGGGCCCUAGGUCAGGGCGCGGGGCCCCGAGCAGCCCGCAAAGGGCCAUUGGAUGAGUCCCAGGAGCUGGGCGGCCCGAGCCUUGGUGAGCUGGCGUUGGGGAGCCCCCAGGAAAGGGGUCACCGCUGGGCUCAGCUCCUCUCCUUCCUUGAGGCCGCCGGUUUUGCCCCUUGGGUGGGCGGGCAGGGAGGGGGAGGCAUGAGGCUUUUCCCCCGGGGCUGAGCGUGGGCUGCGGGCAGAGCCAAAUGCCACAUCUUGCCACACGAAUGCGUUCCUUUUUAUUUUUCUAUUAAAUGCCCACUUC